UUUAUUGAAAUAAAGUGGAGUGGUGUUGAUGGGCAAGGACAACAGGAGCAUUCACUCUAACAUUUCAAGAUGGAUGCGCCCUUGCAACGGGAGUGACAAAAAAAAGGACGGUAUUUCGAGUCAUUUGAAUCCCGAUCAGAACGUCCCCCCGGUGUGGUUUCAACCAACUGGCAGUAUUAUGAAUACUACACAGUUGACCACUUCUGCGUUUAUAAAAUUAUCAAGGACCACAUUGCUGCAAACAUAUUGUAAAAGCUCAAAUUAUGUGACCUGCGUGUCACAAGGUCAUACCACUAACUUGUUAAUUGGUAAACACCAUCCGUCCAUUGCACUAAGAUGCAAUCAGAGACCAUUCUCAUCGACACACAGAUCAUCAGCUUUGUGGAAAAAAGAAAAUCCAGAAAUAAACACAAGCAAUGCAGUUCAUGAUGGCAGAAGUUUAGUUGAUAGAUAUAUAUUUGUUAAGCUAUUAAGUAACUUUUACCAAGAUAUUCCUGAUGGAAUUAUAUUAGACACAGCAUACGCAGACUCUAGACCUGGAGAAGAUUUUGACCCUCAUGUACCUGUAGUGCUUGGUCUACAUGACACACCUGGAACUCAUCAUGACCUAUUACCCAUUUUAGGAACUUUUGCCAAAUUAGGAUGUCGAACAAUAGCUCCAACUUUUCCAGGCCAUGGAGAAACGUAUGGUCUUAUGAGAGGUUUUGAUGACAUCUUUGCCCAUUCCACUAUAGAAAGGGCCAUGUUCAUUCAUAAUUUUUUAGCCAAUAUUGGCAUUGAGAAAGUUGAUGUUGUUGUUGCUGUUGGUGCAGCCUGUUACCCAGCGAUGCGCUUGUGUGUGGGGGAAGACUCCAGUAGUAUGUACAAGUCCAUGGCUCUCAUCUCUCCUUGGCCAUUCAAGAGACCCAGGUAUGACACUGCUACAGAUGCAGCUAGAAAAAUUCAGUUCUGCUGGGACAGACCGUUGUUACGACAGCCUGCCAAAUUCUUGUUGCUGCCUAAAUAUAAGAUUGGUAAAACUACCAGGGAGAAAGUGACUGCUGCUUUUUUGUUGAACAAUCUUGACCUGAGUGAGGUUUCUGGGUUUGCAUUGGCUAUGAGUGUGGCAAAUACUCCUCGCUUAGUAUUUUUUGGAGAACAAGACCAGGCAGUUGAAAAAGAAUUGUAUUACGAUGUGGUGGAUAAGCUUGAUAUUCCUAAAAGCAGUAUCACUGUAUUCAAAGGAAAACUUGAUUAUCCUUUAAUGCCAGGUGUUGUUGUCUUCCCCAACGAGUCCUAUGAUAUUCAUAAAAAACAGUCCAGCAUCAUCAGCAUGUGUGUCUUAGAAAUGGUUAAACUUUUCCACCCAGGUAUACGAUUAUUGUAAGUUAGAUUUGUCUGCAUUAAAAGUCCACAUCAAGAAAUCUGUAUAGAAUGUCAUAAACAAGAGUGUCUUAGUAAAAAAAAGAUUGCUAAUUAAAUUAUGCCACAAUUUUAAAAA